AUGACCAUGCCUGACGGAAUGCACGAUCCAACUCCAAAGUCUGGUCCUACCGAGCCAAUCGCCAUUGUGGGUUUGUCAUGUCGCUUUUCUGGCAUCGCAGACAGCCCAGCCGGUCUUUGGGAGAUGCUCUCCAGAGGCCAAUCUGGAUGGACCAACAAUGCCAAAGAUCGCUUUAAUUUGGCCGCGUUUUGGCAUCCAAAGCCAGAGUUGAGUGGAUCGUUUAAUCCCACCGGCCUUCACUUGAUGAACCAAGAUCCGGCUGUCUUUGACAGUGAGUUUUUUGGCAUUAAUGGGGUUGAGGCAAAGGCGAUCGAUCCCCACCACCGACUGCUCUUGGAGGUGGCAUAUGAAGCCUUUGAGAAUGCUGGAAUGGGCUUUGAUGAACUCGAAGGCUCCAGGACUGGCGUCUACUGUGCUGUACCGUACCAAGACUAUGAGCAGAUUCAGGGUCGGGAUCCUGAGACCUCUCCAGGUUAUCGAUUCACCGGCACUGGGCCGGGUUUGAUGUCGAACCGCGUCUCAUAUGCCUUUGACCUGCGUGGCCCCAGUGUCAGCAUCGACACGGCUUGCUCCAGCACGGUUGUUGCUCUAAAUGAGGCGUGUAAAGAUAUCCAUUUGGGAAAUACCACCCAGGCAUUGGUGGGAGGUGCAAACCUUCUCAUCGACCCGGAUAAGAGUUCGGUUAUUUCAGCGAUGCAAUUCCUGUCCACUCAUGGGCGUUGCCAUUCAUUUGACUCUCGUGGGACUGGCUAUGGGCGAGGUGAAGGCGUGGCAGCUGUCAUACUCAAGCCUCUUAAUGCAGCCCUCCGUGAUGGAGACACGAUCCGCUCAGUGAUUCGUGGCUGCGCCAUCACGUCGGAUGGAAGAACACCGGGAAUCACGAUGCCCUGCAGUGAUCGUCAGAUUGAUACAAUCCGCUUGGCGUACAAAGCUGCGGGUCUUGAUCCCAGGGAGACAGCCUAUGUUGAGGCACAUGGAACCGGAACCAAGGUGGGCGAUAAAGCGGAAGCAGAAGCCUUUGCAAGGACAUUCUGUGAAGGUAGACAGAAGGCCGAUGGUUUAUAUGUGGGUAGUGUGAAAUCCAACCUGGGCCAUUUGGAAAACACGUCUGGAUUACCCGCAUUAAUAAAGCUGGUUUUGAUGCUGGAGAGAGGAGUCAUUGUUCCCAAUCCAACGUUCAAGUUUCGACGGGAGGAUCUUGACUUGGAGGGACGUGGGAUUUGCGUCGCAGAGGAGGCGAUUUCAUGGCCCGAACAGAUGAAACGACGGGCAUCUCUCAACAGCACAGGAUACGGGGGUACAAAUGCUCACCUCAUCGUUGACGGACCUUUGGGAUACCUCCCCGAUGCUUCAAAGGCCAUUGAACACCACGCAUCCGAGGAGCGACCCCGUCUUUUUGUCUUGACCCACCGUCAAGAUGAAAGAUUGGGCGUACUUGCCCAAAGACUCAAAAAGCAUCUGUCCAAGGAGCCCGUAAUACCCCUCGACAGCCUUGCAUUCACCCUUUGCUCCAAACGAUCCCACUUCAACUUCAGAUCAUCCAUCACGGCAGCCACGAGAGAGGAGCUUCUGGAGGGCCUGGGAAGGAUCGAAGAGGGAGUGGAGAGAAGCACCAAAGCAGUAGCGAAGCCGUGUAUCUGUUUUGUGUUCACGGGCCAAGGAGCACAAUGGGCAUGCAUGGGUCUUGGACUGCUCCAGUCGUACCCUGUAUUUGCACAGUCUCUAUAUGCUGCCGAAGAGGCCUUGAUCGGUUUUGGCGCGAGCUGGGGACUGCUGUCUGAGUUGUCCAAAACCAAAGAGUCAUCACGAAUCAACGAAGCAGAACUGGCUCAGCCAUGCACCACCGCCAUACAGAUCGCCCUCAUCGACCUUCUGGAGUCGUGGGGAGUCACCCCACAUCUUGUCUGUGGUCAUUCCAGUGGCGAGAUUGUGGCGGCAUAUGCAGCGGGCGUCUUGACAAGUCAGGAUGCACUUCGGGUAGCAUAUUUCCGCGGCAGUGCUGCCAAGCUCCUCAAGGCAAUGAACCCAGGGCUUAAUGGUGGAAUGCUCGCUGUUGGGCUGUCCGAAUCAGAUGCAAGGCCGUUCGUUGAGACUGAGGGCACGCAGGUAGGCAUUGCAUGCAUCAAUAGCCCCUCGAGCGUGACCUUGUCGGGAGACCGCGAUGCAUUGCAGAGACUGCAGAAGCCGCUGAAUGAAAAAGGCAUCUUCAACCGGCUUCUGGCAGUAGACGUCGCGUACCACUCGUACCAUAUGGAACGUGUUAGCCAGUUUUACGCCUCGACUCUUCACAGCAUUACCCCGAGGAAAGUCAAGGAAGGCGUUCAUUUUGUAUCCUCUGUAACCGGAGAGCCGGUGCGAGGCGAUGAAAUGGACUUAUCCUAUUGGGUUAGAAAUCUGCUGUCUCCCGUUCGCUUCACAGAUGCUCUGAUAGGAGUACUUGAAGCCGCAUUCCCAGGAGGCCAAAUGAUCGAUGCCCUGAAUUGCAUCGUUGAAAUCGGGCCCCAUAGCGCUCUGCGUGGUCCAAUACUCGAGAUUGUGAGAGCGUUGAAUCUCACCCAUCUGGCCACCUAUGAAAAUAUACUGAGGAGAGGAGAGAGUGCUGCCACAACUAGUCUGUCACUGGCGGGCAAUUUGUUUUCCCACGGCGUCACGGUGGACUUUGGGGCGAUCAACAACCCGCGAGGCACGUUUCCAAACGUGGUGAUGACAGAUCUCCCCUCCUAUAACUGGAACCAUAAGACUCGUCAUUGGAAUGAAUCUCGCCGAAGCACGGCAUACCGCUUCAGAAAGUUUCCUCGUCAUGAUCUGCUGGGCUCACCGGUGAUGGAUUAUAUUGACGCCCAGCCAAUGUGGCGGAACUAUCUCCGGGUGUCUGAGUUACCCUGGCUGAAAGACCAUUUGGUUCAGGGCCAGAUGGUUUUCCCAUCAACCGGAUAUAUCACCAUGACACUGGAGGCACUGAAGCAGCAGGCUCCAAGUGGAAACCAUGUCUGGAGGGGCUUGUGCGUUCACUUCCGGGAUGUCGUCAUUAACAGACCAUUGCUCAUUCCGGACGACUCGACUGGGGUCGAGACGUUUAUUGAACUUCGACCGGCAUCAUACUCGGCCCACCGGUCUUCAGAAAACUGGAGAGAAUUCCGUAUCAUGAGUUGCACCCCUCAGGGAGAAUCGACGGAGCACUGCUGGGGACUGAUUGAGGCGAAGAAAGUCAACAAUAAGCUCAACCAGGAGCCUUAUAGGAAAGGAACCAAUGCAACUUUACAAAGUAUGGAUGUAGAGAAGUGGUACGACAGCAUGUGGUCUCUUGGAUGUGGACUUUCCGGGCCCUUUGCAAGCCUGUCCGAGAUAUCUGCCGGGGACCUGGCAUCGCGAUGCUCCGUCACCAUUCCCGACGUCAAGUCAUCCAUGCCUUCACAGCAUCAGGAGAGCCAUUGCAUUCAUCCUGCUACCCUCGACUCUUGCUUCCAGUCUUCGCUCCCCGGUCUUCAAGCUGCCGGGAAACUUCACAGCGCUGCAGUCGUGACAGCAAUCCACGAUCUGAAGAUCAUGGCUGAAAUUGCAUCAGAGCCAGGUCAAGAUCUUGCAGUUGAGAACCAGGUCGAACAGUUCGGGAUUGAGAAGUACUCUGCCAGUCUGGUGGCUUUUGAAGGUGACUGUGCACGGGAAAGACCGUUGAUUCAAGCCAAGGGACUGAUCUACACCGUCCUUGACAGCUCACGGGAGACAGAUGAGGAUGCACCAAGCCAGCCUCUAUGCCAUCGCCUCGAAUGGGGGCUCGAUCCAUCUUGUUCUCCUACUGCGAGCGUUUUGAAUCGUGGCAGCCUGACUUCCGGAAGCCACCCCCAGCAUCAUCUAAAACGCGUAUGCGACCCGUUCUGUAGGAGCAUCAUCACCCAAACCGUCAAUAGCCUCACUGUGACGGACCAGGACAAGGUAUCUGGAUACCGGAAGCAUCUUCUAAACUGGAUGCGGUCGGUAAGAUCCGAUAGUGCCUUGCCAGUGACCGACGAGGCCAAAGACCACACCAGAGCAGCAGGGGCAGUGGGCGAAUGGGUUGUCCAUGUCGGCUGCCAUCUUGGCCAGAUCGUGCUGGGAGAGGUGGAGCCACUCAAAGUCUUCAUGCACAACGACCUGCUGCACCGCGUUUAUUUCGAAGACGAGAACAGUGCUCGAUGCAACGCGCAGCUCGCCAGCUGGGCCAAACUAGCCCAUUUCAAGAACCCGGGAAUGCGAAUCUUGGAGGUGGGCGCUGGAACGGGCAGUCUCACGCUGCCAUUCAUCGAGGCGCUCUACAACGACAAUGCGCAUCCUCAAACCAGUGCAAACUGGGGACGGUUUGUGUUCACGGACAUAUCGACGGGUUUCAUGUCGCGUGCGAGAGAACGACUGGCCAAGUACGAACGGUUUAUCGACUUUCAAAAGCUGGACAUCGAAAACCCGCCCGAGGCGCAGGGCUUCGCGCUGGGCUCAUUUGACCUGAUCAUCGGGAGCAAUGUCAUCCACGCCACAGAACGGUUGACCCAGAGCCUGGCCAAUCUCAGAUCUCUCUUGAAACCCGGUGGGCAGCUGGCCUUUGUGGAAAUCACCAACCCGUCGCUGCGCUGGGGAUUCUACGGCGCUUUAUCAGGCUGGUGGGCUGGUGUCGAUGAAGGCCGGGUAUCGUCACCGCUGCUCAAGCCCGAUGAUUGGAGCACGGUGUUGAGAGACAGUGGUUUCUCUGGUGUGUCUUUGGAGAUCAAAGACUAUGAGACAGAGGUAGAUCACGAGAUGAGCGUUCUUGUCUCGACUGCCUUGCCUGAGACCAAGCCGCGAGCAGAAGAGGUAGUCAUUGUCAAUACGGCCGAGAGCACUGAGUUAUCGGAUCGUCUGGCAUCGCUUAUCAGCCGAGACGAUGAAUGCGCAGCAUUGCAGUCCCAUUUACUCGAGGCACAACCAGGUCAUCGUGCCUUCAUCAUGCUUCUGGAAACAGCGAGUCCGUUUUGGACUUCGCCGUCCAAGGCACAAUGGGACAAGGUCCGUGAUAUCACGAGCCAGGCUCAUUCCGUCCUCUGGGUCACUCGAGGUGGCGCAGUUGAAUACACAGAUCCCCAUCGCUCGCUCAUCUCGGGACUGGCACGAACGCUACGGUCCGAAAGAAAGGAAUUGAACCUGGUUUGCCUGGACCUUGAUCCAAACGCAACGUCCAGCAUCCAGGAUGCGGCUGAUAUCUGUCGGAUCUACAGCCACGUAUUCGCCAACUGUAAAUCCCCUCUGUCAGCCACUGAGUAUGAGUUUGCCAUUCGAAACAAUGAGGUUCUUGUCCCGAGACUGAUUGUAGAUGACACGAUGAACAAUUAUAUUCAUGACUCGACAUCAAACUACCAUCCCAAAAUCCAGGAAGGGUUCGACAAGAGCCGUCAUCUCGAAUUGAAAAUCCGCAACACUGGACUGCCCAGCUCGCUGUACUGGGAUGACAGCACCGUUCAUAGUGCCCCGUUGACUCCCGAUCAGGUUCAAGUGGAGAUGCGGCAUAUAUCGCUGAAUGACCACGAUAUGAUGACUGCAACGGGCCAGUUAGAGGGGCUUUCAAACCUCCUGAUUGAAGGCAGUGGGGUAGUUUCCAAGGUUGGAGAGGCCGCAAAGAAACAUUUUUCAGUCGGCGACUCUGUCUGUGCCAUCGGUCCAGAUGGACUGGCUUUAAAAAGUAACCUGAAUUAUCAGAAUUUGUUUCCAGUCCCAAAUGGCGUCGACUUGCAAGCCGCAGCUGCGAUUCCUAUCCCUUAUGCCACUGCCAUACACAGUCUCAAGAACGUGGCGAACGUCCAAUCUGGGGAUUCGAUUCUGAUUCAUUCCGCUGCUGAAGCUGUCGGUCAGGCAAUGGUGGUGGUUGCCAGGUACCUCGGAGCCGAGCACAUCUUGGUGACAGUUGCAAGCGAUGAAGAAAGAGAAUUCAUCAAGGAGAGAUAUGACAUUCCUGAUGAGGACGUCUUCUCCAACCGAGACAGCGAUUUUGACGAUCAGAUUAUGUUGAGGACCAAUCAGCAGGGAGUCGACGUUGUUGUCAACUCAUUGACCGGCGAUAUAGUCCGCCAAAGCUGUGCUGUCCUCGCGCCGUUUGGUCGACUCAUCGAGAUUGAGAAAACAGACAUUCUGAAGAAUGCUCGACUGGAGACCAAGUAUCUCGCCCGUAACAGAAGCUUUGCCGUCGUUGAUUUGAUCGAGUUUAUAAAGCACAAGCCUCGGGCGUUUGCCGACGUUAUGAAAUGCGCCUAUUCGCUAAUACAGAACUCCAAAGACCCGAUUAUCGAACCAAUCAGUGCGGCACCAAUCUCGGAGAUUGAGGAGAGCUUGCGGGUCAUGCAUGCGGGUGAGAAUAAGGGCAAGGUCGUCAUGGACGUUCUCCCCGAUCUACCCUUGAAGGUACAACCUCCUCACCCGAAACCAGCAGCAAUGGAUGGAAAUGCAGCCUAUGUUGUUCUCGGUGGAGUUAAUGGACUCGGUGGAGCGAUGGUGCAGUUCCUAGCAAAGUCGGGGGCAAAGCAUAUAAUCACGCUUUCCCCGUCUGGGAGCGCUAUUCAUUUUGCAAGUCUUGCUAACGAGAUGAAGACUGUCGGCGUCAAACUGACCAUUUUGGAAGAGAGCGCUUCUGGUCUGGAAAAUGUGCAGAGCAUUCGUGGCGCGGCUCAUCCUCAUUCAGUGCGAGGUGUAAUCGGUGCGAGUGACCAAGGAUCUAACGAAGCACUGGGUACGAUGUCGUAUGAAAACUGGCGAGACGGCACGGAUCAAAGAAUUGCUGCCAUCACCAGCAUGGAACAGUCCCUCCCUGGCUUGGACUUUUUUAUCAUGCUAUCAAGCUGCGCUGGUACCCUCGGAUCAUCCGGCCAUGGGCUCUCUGCAGCCUCGUGUGCCUUCCAGUGUGCCUAUGCUCGACACUGUGCUGGCACCAAGUCGACAGUCCGAUGUAUCGACGUAGGAACAACCACGGAUUCGAUCAAGAAAAAUGAGUUAUUCGCCUUACUCAGCCAUGCUGUGCAGCCCUCAAACGAAGGCCCGCCCACUCAAGCCCAUCUUGCCUUUGAUAUUGCACACCCCCACCCUGAUUCAGGUGCCCCCGAAACCACAGAUCUCCGCGUCGAUGCCAGAUUCUCCCACAUCUACACCAGAGAAGCACAGCCCGAGAGGGCCAAAACCGAAAGAGACGAACACGAUUUCCAGCACGGUUUGAGAUCUGCAGAGACCCCCACGACCGCCUGUGAGAUGACCUACGCCGCGCUUAAACGUAAGGUCUCCGAGCUACUCGCUAUUCCGGAGGAAGGUCUCGAUGCCUCAAGGCCUGUGGCUACGUAUGGCGUAGACUCGCUGAUCUCGGUGGAACUACGAAACUGGGUCUCUUCGUAUCUCGAUUCUCGCUUGGAAAUGUAUGAGCUGAUGGGUCCGUUGGCGAUGGUGCAGUUGGCCGAGUUGAUUGCGAGGCGAUCACGUCUUGUGCGCGCGGGCCUGUUCGGGGAAACCAAAGCGUAG